UGGGGCAAGAAAACCUGGAUGACCGAGAAUCUCCACAGAGAUUGCGAGCUUGUGUAUCUCUUGCAGGUGGCCCUGGGCUUUCCUUUCCUGGUGGAGAACCCCGUGGGAUACGUGUCCCGUUCCUUUGAUUUGGGUCGUCAGUUCCUCUUCAAGUGGACCGUAAAUUGGAGGUUCUUGCCCGAAGAUGUUUUCCAACACCGGGCUUUUCACCUGGCGCUGUUGGUCUUCCACUUCACAGCCCUGGCUCUUUUUGCACUCAACAGGUGGCACAGAUCUGAUGAAAACAUAUUGAGCCUGUUAAAAGAUCCAGCCAAGAGGAAGGACCAUCCAGAACCUCUCUCAGCCAAUCAGAUCGUUUUCCCACUCUUUACCUCCAAUUUCAUUGGCGUUUGCUUCAGCCGCUCCUUGCACUACCAGUUCUACGUCUGGUAUUUCCACACCCUGCCCUACUUGCUUUGGUGCACACCACCCAAGAAGCUGGCCCAUCUACUGAAAGUGCUUAUCCUAGGUUUAAUCGAGCUCUCAUGGAACACGUAUCCCUCGACGGUUUACAGCUCAGCUUCUCUCCACGUGUGUCAUGGAAUCAUCCUUCUGCAGCUCUGGCACGGGACAACGUCUUCGGAGGAGGAGAAGCAGCCAUCAAAAAAGGUGGAAUGAAAACGACUCAGAAGAAAGAGGGACAAUAAGUACGUGGAUUUAAGAUUUAAGGCCGUUGCUGAGGAGAACUGACAGGAGCCUGUUCAUGGACCUUCCCGGAUGCGUACGCGGGGCGAUGCUGUGCCUGCUUUCCCUGUGGUUAAAGGGUGGUGAGGAAUGGGGAUUGGCAGAGCCAAUCGUCACACCAAAGAUAAUGUGGAAUAUCUUGAAUAAAGGACAGUAAUGGUUCGAUAA